AUGGCAGCUGGCACAGUCGCCGCUGAUCUCGCACAUCGCGGAAGCGGAAUCGGCCCUCUCCGCGCGCCUUCCGCGUUGGCGCGCGCAGCCGCGGUCAUGGGGCGGCUGGCGGAAGCCCCGCCGGCCAACGGCGCAGCAAAUGGCACCGCGAGUAGGACAAAACGGGGGGGAUCCGUGAAUGGGCGGCUGUCGUCUGGAUACGAUUUGAUGAUGGAAGAUCUGGUGGACGGCCAGGUUUGUCAUAUUCUGGACCGGCCGUCCAAGAAGCAGGUGUGCCUGUUCUACUGUAGCGAGAUGGCGGAUCUCGCGGCGAGUAUCGCGGAGGACGUGGAUAAUAUCGAGCUGAAGCCGAUCGAAUGGGGCAAGUUCGAGGACGGCUUUCCCAACCUCUUUGUGCCGAACGCGCAUGGAAUCAGGGGCCGCCACGUGGCGUUCCUGGCGUCCUUCAGCUCGCCAGCUGUCAUCUUCGAGCAGCUCUCCAUCAUCUACGCCAUCCCUCGCAUGUUCGUGGAGUCCUUCACGCUCGUCCUACCUUUCUUCCCGACUGGAACCAGUGAGCGAAUGGAGGACGAGGGGGACGUGGCGACGGCCUUCACUCUCUCACGAAUCCUCUCCAACAUCCCCAUCUCACGAGGCGGGCCCACCAGCCUCGUGAUCUUCGACAUUCACGCGCUGCAGGAGCGGUUUUACUUCGGAGAUAACGUGCUGCCGUGCUUUGAAAGCGGCAUUCCGCUGCUGAAGCACCGCCUGCACCAACUGCCAGACUCGGAUAACAUAACGAUCGCAUUCCCCGAUGAAGGAGCAUGGAAGAGGUUCCACAAGCAACUGCAGCACUACCCCAUGGUGAUAUGCACCAAGGUGCGCGAGGGGGAGAAGCGCAUUGUGCAACUCAAGGAGGGCAACCCCAAGGGACGGCACGUGGUGAUCGUGGACGAUCUAGUGCAGUCGGGAUCGACGCUCAUUGAAUGCCAGAGACUCUUGGCAGCGCAUAGAGCGGCGAAAGUGAGUGCGUAUGUGACCCACGGGGUGUUCCCCAACCAGACGUGGCGGCGAUUUAACCACGAUGCCAACGGCAAUCCAUCAGAGGGCUUUGCACACUUCUGGAUAACGGACUCCUGCCCCGCUACAGCCAAGGCUGUAGCCGACCGACCGCCGUUUGAGAUCCUCUCACUCACACGCUCCAUCCAAGCAGCCCUGCAACUACAUUGUCGUGCGCUCGCCGAGUCGCUCGUCUUCGCCGUUGUUCCAUCCUCCCAUUUUCACUCCGAGAAGUCCUGCCCAAAAUCCCCUCGACACCUCGUCGUCCCCCUCGCUCGCCUCACCUCCCUCCACCGCACCAGCCCAAGAUACCCGCGAACCAUCCGGUUCCUUGGAAGGGCCCGAGGCGGCAUUUGCUCCCGCCAGCCAGAUGGUGCAUCCGGUUCCUUGGAAGGGCCCGAGGCGGCAUUUGCAUCGCUUAUUGCUGCUUCUCCGAUUGCUGGUAAGGCGUUGGCCAUGGGGUGUGUGUAUGUGUGUGUGUGUGUGUGUGUGUGUGUGUGUGUGUGUGUGUGUGUGUGUGUGUGUGCGUGCGUGCGUGCGUGCGUGCGUGCGUGCGUGCGUGCGUGCGUGCGUGCGUGCGUGCGUGCGUGCCAACCUGUUUCGGUGCUGGAGUUUCACGAGUGGAGACGCUAA